GGUGCACGCUGCUGAAGUUUUCAACCUGUUACGAGAACGCGCGGGAGGAAACCGCGAGGUCUGAGAACGGUGUCGUUUUAAAACCAUUCUUCGUGGUAACCGGUUGCUGACCGAAUGGCGUCUGAAGAUAUCGCCCAGCUGACAGAGGCGCUGGCCAAAACGCAUGUGGGUGAUGGAGAAUUGAGCUACAAGGGACAAGGCCUUAAAUUAGAUAAUGCCCAAUCCGUUGCUGAAAUAGCGCAUGCCAUAGAGGAGUUCCAAGGGCUACGAGCUCUGAGGCUUGAAGGAAACACCAUUGGGGUUGAGGCAGCAGAAUCUAUUGCUAAGGCUCUGGAAAAUAAAAGUGAAUUGCAGAGAUGUAGCUGGAGUGACAUGUUCACAGGGCGCCUUCGGUCUGAAAUCCCUGCUGCCCUGAAAUCACUGGGCAGUGCCCUGAUAAAAUCAGGAGCCAGACUCACUGAACUGGACCUGAGUGACAAUGCCUUUGGGCCAGACGGAGUGAAGGGCAUAGAGACCCUUCUAAAAAGUCCAGCCUGUUACACCCUUCGCGAACUGAAACUCAACAACUGUGGCAUGGGUAUCGGAGGAGGCAAGAUCUUAGCAGGUGCACUGAUUGAGUGUCAUAAGCAGUCCAGUGCCGCUGGUACUCCCCUGAGGCUGAAGGUGUUCAUAGCAGGCAGGAACCGCUUGGAGAAUGAAGGCGCCACUGCACUUGCUAAGGCCUUCCAGUUGAUGAGGAGUCUUGAGGAAGUCCAUAUGCCUCAAAAUGGGAUCAACCACCAAGGUGUAACAGCUUUGGCUGGAGCCAUGCAACACAACCCUGAUCUACGAGUGCUGAACCUCAAUGACAACACCUUCACCAAGAGAGGGGCACUGCCAAUGGCACAGGCCCUCAGGCACCUUCGCAACGUCCAAGUCAUAAACUUUGGGGACUGCUUGGUGCGGUCAGAAGGAGCCAUCGCCAUCGCUGCUGCGCUGAGGGAAGGACUGCCCAUUCUGAAGGAACUGAACCUGUCCUUUGGUGAGCUGUCAGAGGCUGCGGCGCUAGUGGUAGCCAGAUGUGUGAAAGACAAACCCCAGCUGGAGAAGUUGGAUUUAAAUGGUAACUGCUUUGGUGAAGAAGGCUGUGAGGCAGUAAGAGAAGCUUUGGAGAGCAUGAACAUGGCAGACAUGUUGGGCUCACUCAGUGAUGAUGAGGGUGAGCCAGAUGAAGACGACGAUGAAGAUGAUGAAGAAAUAGAGGAACAGAGUGAUGAUGAGGAGGAGCAGGAGGAGAAUGGUCUGGACGAAUCACAAGGUAGCAGUGAUGGCGACGGCAGCCCCGUGAAGCCAUCAGACCGGGUGUCCCCCGCCUUUAGUCCAGACCUCCAGGCCUUCCUUACCUCACCCACAGCAGAGAAGCUUCUGGAUCUUGGGGCCAAAAGAACCCUUCUCAUUGAGCAGCAGGUGGAUUACUCCGAUUCUAGCAAGAUUACAGAUGCUUUUCUGAAGAUCUCCUCUGUGUAUGAAGAGGAGCCUGAAGUGAAGAAAGCUGUGUUGGACACUACAGAUGCCCUUUUGAAGAAAGCUCUGUGUGGCUCAUGCUUCCAGUCCUACAGUUUCCUCUCUUCCCUUCUGGUGACGCUGGGGCUGCUGAAGGGCGAGGGCAAGGUUCAGAAGGCGUGCGUGAUGCCUGGUCACCUGCUGGCUCUGACUCAUUCUGUGGAGCAGGAGUACUUCCCUCGGGACCACGCAGAUGUGCUGCAGACCUUUGUUUCAAAAUAUGGUGAGGCCUUAAGCAACUGCAGCAGUGGCCGAGACGCACUCCAGGCAGCACUGGACAGAAGGACGGCUUCUUAAAAGAGCACGGAGAGCAGAGGAGUCUGGCAGCCAUUGGACUGCAGGUCUCCACAAAGGCUGCUUAAAUGCAACAAAUAAGACAUUUGAGAGUUCUUUGAGAUUCCCUGUGGUUUAUUUUUUUUAAUGUAGCAUUUGAAUUGUAUAGUGAUGAGUUUAGUAAGACCUGUUUUUUUUUACGCACCCGAGCUGAAACCCUCCCAUGCCCUGUGAAUAACAGACGUGACAACCACUCAUACAUUCAUGCUAUAAGGACAUAUGCCUUCACAUUUUGUAUCACAACUCUCUGCUUCAUCUCAGUGUCCUUUGUAGCAAACCUUAAAUACAGGUCACUUUGAGGAUCGUCCAUCUGUCAUUUCAGAAAAGAUCGGACGAUAAGAGACUGAAAAGUGCCUCAUUUAUACAGAAACUGUAGAUCAGGUUGUGGGAUGGUUUGGGUUUAAUCAACAAUGCAGGUCAUUUUUUUUUUUUUUUACAUUUUAAUGUAUAUUUUUAUAAUGAAAGGGAAAAAUAUUAAAAAGUGGAGCAAUAGACUUAAGGUGAACAGGGAAGACCUAACAAAGGUGACUACUAACCAUUUUGCAUUUUUCUAUUGUGCAGCACUGUCAUUUACACAUUCCAGUUUGCCUUUUUCUCAACAUUUGUCUUCAAAAUAAUUAUGUGUGUGUACAUAUGCAUUUUGGAAAGCAUUUGACAAUAUCAAAAUAUGUACUCAGGUGACUGAAGUAGGGAGAGGAAUUAAACAAGGUGGCUGCUACAUACCUUUGUAGAAUAUAACCUAACUUACAAGAAGGAUCAAGUAGAAGAGGUACUUUUGUCUUGUGCACAUUAUCAAGCUAUUACAAUAUUACAUUUGUAUUGACACAUGGUGAAUGUGUGGUUUAUAUUUGUUGUUUUUGACAUGCUAAGUACCACUCAAUUAAAUGGAUACAAGUGAGUUUA